AUGGCAGCCUCAAUUCCUAAUCUUCCAACAGAGCAAUGGGCUCAGGUCUGUCCCAAAGUUGGCGGCCCUCUUGAAUACAAGAAAAUUCCCGUCCCUACCCCGCGUCAUGACGAAGCCCUUAUCAAUAUCAAAUACUCUGGCGUAUGCCACACUGAUCUCCACGCCAUGCAGGGAGACUGGCCUCUUCCAGUUAAAAUGCCUCUGAUUGGCGGCCACGAAGGUGCGGGUGUCGUUGUGGCUAAGGGCGAGCUCGUCAAAGGCUUGGAGUUGGGAGAUACUGUAGGCGUCAAAUGGAUCAAUGGAUCCUGCUUGAGCUGCGAUUUCUGCGAAUGCGGUGACGAGCCUCUUUGCACCAAUGCCUCACUCUCGGGAUACACAGUCAAUGGCACAUUUCAGCAAUAUUGCACUGCCCAAGCGGCACAUUUGACUCCGAUCCCUAAGUCAGCGAAGCUUGACGAGAUGGCUCCGGUUCUUUGCGCCGGUGUGACCGUGUACAAGGGGCUUAAGGAGUCUCAGGCCCGUCCGGGACAAGUUGUUGCCAUUGUCGGCGCCGGUGGUGGUCUUGGGACACUGGCCAUCCAGUACGCUAAAGCCAUGGGUCUUAGGGUUCUCGCAAUCGACGGAGGAGAUGAGAAAAAAGCUGCCUGUGAGGAAUUAGGCUGCGAAUCUUAUAUCGACUUCACAAAAACAGACGACCUUGUCAGGGACGUUAAAGCUGCUUCACCUGACGGCCUCGGACCCCAUGCCGUUCUCGUUGUCGCUGUAUCUGAAGGGCCCUUCCAACAAGCAGCUGCCUAUGUUCGGUCUCGCGGAACCGUCGUAGCCAUUGGUCUCCCUGCACAUGCUAACUUGAAAGCUCCGGUGUUUGACACGGUCGUGAGGAUGAUAACAAUCAAAGGGAGCUAUGUUGGAAGCCGACGGGACGCCAAAGAAGCAGUUGAUUUUGCAGCCAGGGGGCAGAUCAAGUUCCCAUACAAAGUGCUCCCGCUGGAAGACCUGCCAAAGGUGUUCGAGAUGAUGUCACAAGGUAAGGUCACCGGUCGAUGUGUACUCAAGAUGCCAGACACCCAAUAG